AUGAGCCCCUUCACAGUUGUGGCAUUUGAGUUUCUUAUCAUUGUCACAUUUUAUUUUCUCCAAAAUGGGAGUAUAAAAUUUGGCCACGCGUGGUGUGUGAAGAAUGCAUCCUUAGGGAAGGGGAAGGUGAACGGCAAAGGUAGAAAUGUGUUUGGCGCAGGCAGACGGUGUUAUCUCACCGCAGGAGGAGGCAUCUCCUUGGGGGGGAGAACCUACCGGCCAGAAAGGAACAUUCGCCAUGCCAUUCAUGAAGGGAAACUUAAGAACAGAAGGAUAUACUCACCUGACACUUACACCAGGCCAAUGAUGAGUAAGGUGAAGGAAUCUCUGUUUAGCAUAUUAUCCCACUUGGGAAUAUUCAGUAACUCCACCAUAAACGUCUUAGACGUGUUCAGUGGGAGUGGGAACCUGGGUAUCGAGUGCAUUUCGAGAGACAUACCUCACGUGACCUUUGUAGACUUAUCACUCAAUAGCUGCAAAACUAUUUACGAAAAUUUAAAACUAUGCAACAUUAACUAUUCGUACAAUCAAAUAAUAAGGGCAGAUGCUAUGGAGUUGUUAAAGUGCCCUUUGAAGUUUCAUAUGGGACAGAAAUUUCACUUAGCUUUUUUCACUCCACCGUAUGAACAAAUUGUGUACAGUGAGUUGAUACAAAAUAUUUCCAACAGUGAGCUGUUCCACCCUGACUGUCUUGUCUUUAUUGAAUAUCCGAAAGAGAUUGAAAUGCUGCCACAGAGGGUAUACAAUAUGAUAGGGUUAAGGAAUAGGAAAUUUGGAAGAACCUACUUUGCGUUGUACGUUCUGAACAGUUCAGGUAAAUAUCUUUUUGCUGAAAGGAGGGAUGAAUUUUACCCUCUCCAUUAUAACCGUAAACAGCGUAGGCAGGAGAAGUAUCUUUAG